AUGGCAAACUCAUCGAAUGCGACCCCGCAGCAGCCCAUGCAGCGUCGCUUUAAGGGAUGUUCAAAGAUUGGCGAGUACGAGAUGAUGCAGAAGCUCGGCGAGGGGACUUUUGGUGAGGUGCACAAAGCGCGACACCGAAUCACGGGCAAUGUCUUCGCGCUCAAGAAGAUUCUGAUGCACAAUGAGAAAGAUGGCUUUCCUAUCACAGCGCUGCGAGAAAUCAAGCUGCUGAAGAUGCUGUCUCACGACAAUGUCCUCAAGCUGGAAGAGAUGGCAGUAGAACGACCAAAGGCUGAGGGUCGGAAACGCGCGAUUCUCUACAUGGUCACCCCCUACAUGGAUCACGAUCUCUCCGGACUUCUCGACAACCCAGACGUCAAGUUUCAAGAAGCGCAGAUCAAAUGCUACAUGCUGCAGCUGUUCAAGGGUCUCCGAUACCUCCACGACAACCACAUCCUCCAUCGAGAUAUGAAGGCAGCCAAUCUGCUUAUCAACAAUCGCGGCCGACUCCAGAUCGCAGAUUUCGGUCUUGCGCGACACUAUGACGAAGCCGUACCGCAGCGAGGCAAGGGUAACGGCGAAGCACGAAGGGAAUACACAACCCUAGUGGUAACCAGGUGGUACCGACCUCCUGAGCUACUGCUUCAGAUGAGGCGAUACACGCCUGCCAUAGAUAUGUGGGGCGCUGGAUGUGUCUUUGGUGAGAUGUUCAAGCGCAAGCCCAUCCUCGCAGGCCAGAGCGACAUCCACCAAGCACAGAUAAUCUUCGAGCUGAUUGGAUCGCCGAACGAUCAGAAUAUGCCUGGCUGGAACGACCUCCCAGGAGCUGAACCUAUCCGUGGGUUUGGAAAUUACCCUGGAAACAUUGCUGGCCGAUUCCGAGAAUUAUCGCCCACCGGCCUGUCACUCAUCAAAGACCUCAUGCGUUUAGACUGGCGCAAGAGGAUCAACGCAAUUGAUGCCAUCGAUCAUCCGUACUUCCGAGAGAAUCCGAAACCGAUGCGCGAGGAAGAUAUCCCACACUUUGCAGACUCGCAUGAGCUCGAUCGCCGGAAUCUCCAGCAGGCGGCACCGUGGGCGGGGGGCCCAAUGGCGAAUGGACUGGAUCAGGACCCCCACCUCAAGCCUGGCAGAAUAAUGGUGACCGAAGAUAUGGGCCACAAGAUCGAGGGCCACCUGGCGGCGAACGCGGUCGAGGUGGAUACGACAGACGGCCACCUGGGUACGACCACAGACCGCCCCCACCACCACCGGGCGAUCGCCGACCAAACUGGGGCAACGGCGCCGAUGCGCGACAGGGCCACCUCCCACCACCACCUGGCGAGGGUCGUCAUCCGUUACCAAACGCACCGCCUCGCUAUGGUGGCGCAGAAGGAGGCGAUCGGCGACGAGGCGGUGCUCCAGCUGGCGAUGUCUACAUCCCAAGCUACGAUGGACCAAGGCGGUCAAGAGAACCAGAUGACAGACAACGACGAGGGUCACGCGACUCUGGGAACUCUAGAGAUGGACCUCCAGCAGACGAACGGAGAGAUCGAGGUGGAGGUGGAGGUUACCGUGACAGGGACCGGGAGCGAGGCGACUCGAGGAAUUUCGGAAGGGAGCGCAGAGAUGCCAAGACACGAUCUAGGAGUCCCGAGCGAAGGGACAGGAACCGUGACAACAGGAACGACGACAUCUAUCGAAGGCGUUAGUUGCUACACCAGAUGA